GUCGCCCCGCCCGGGGGCCCGGUGCCUGUCGCCCCGCCUGGGGGCCCGGUGCCUGUCGCCCCGCCCGGGGGCCCGGUGCCUGCCGCUUCUCCUGGUAGCCCGAUGUGCCUCUGCCCGGAGUCCUGCCCGGUGUGCCUCUGCCCGGAGUCCAGCCCGGUGUUAUCUGCCAAUCCUGACCAGAAGAUGCCUCUGGAGUCCAGCCCGGAGUGCCUCUGCCCGGAGUCCAGCCCGAUGUGCCUCUGCCCGGUGUGCCUCUGCCCGGAGUUCAGCCCGGUGUGCCUCUGCCCGGUGUGCCUCUGCCCGGAGUCCUGCCCGGUGUGCCAGUCUUUG